ACUGCCUGUGAGGGUUGCGCGAUUUCGUCAAGGUGACGUCAUUGUUAAGGUGAACGUUAAUCAGUUACAAAUUCCGUGAAUUAUUUUGUUUAGCUAACUACCGAGUAUACAAUUCACUGUACAGACUACCGAUAUCAGCCUACACAGGCAUUUAAAAGUGGAUGCGAAUAAUGUCACACUGGAUCUGCUGUAACUCCUGCUUCAUGUCACCUGAAUCUGACCGUCAGCUUGCGGUCACAAACUGUGGUCAUGUCAUCUGUAAUGUUUGCUUUCAGAGAGGAAAGCAAGGAGUGUGUCUCAUUUGCCAAGCAAAGUGUCAGAUCUGCCCACUAUCUGAUAAAAGCAGCUUAGAGGUUCAGGCACUUUUCUCAGAUAUCAACACAGUUGCAGUCAAAUACUCUUCAGAGAUAAUCAAGGUCUCACAAUUCCAGGCAAGACACCUGAAAAGAUUAAUGGCCCACAAUCAGCAGAAGAUGGAGAGAAUGAAGGAGGCUGGACUGAAAAUGCAGCAAGAGAUGCAGAAGAUGUCCAAAAAAAUUGCAGAACAGAAUGCCUACAUAUCAAAGUUAGAGAUGACUCUUCAACAACAAAGUUCUCGACUGACACCACAGUCUAACCGAGAUUUCCAUUCAGCAAAUCACUUGAGACCAGUGCCCUCAGUGACAAAAAUUCUGUAUUCUUCUCCACUUUCAAUGUCACCAAAGAUAUCCACGACUAGCUUAGAUGUAGGCAUAGAAGUUGACACCAGAGGGCUCUCUCAAAAGGUACACUUUGUACAUUUUCUGUAUAUUUUUCCAUGUGUGAUCGAUGAAUGGGACCUAAUUGAGCUUAUGUGUUAUUUAUUGAGUAGAAUUAGUCUCAUAAGCCCACCACAGAAUGGCUGCAUAGGUACUGUUCCUCACAGAGCAUCAAGUCAGAGCGCUAUGGGUAGCCAUUCAAUGCCGUUCAGUGCCACUGUCAGUAGGAAAUUCUCCACUGGUAUACGGGACCCUGUGAUGAGUCCAUCCCAUAACGUGGCCUACCGCAGGGAAUCGCCAUGGGAAACACCCGUGUUCAAAAUGCCCUCGGCCUACAAAUACCCCUCUGUGUCCUCCCUGGGACCCCCGACAUGACAUAACAUCCAGUCCAAAAGCAAUACAGCUUAUCACACUCAAAACACCAUUUUCUGUCUCGAAGCUGUGCUGUUCUCGUCUGGCUUUGCGAUGAUGCACAGCAGGAGAUAUUAGAGUAAAAGACAUUAGGCUAAUUACUACAUCAUCUACAUGAGCACGAAUAGACGUGCUAACCUGUAAUAGAUUCUCUUUUGAUAUAGUACAAUGCAUUAAAUCUGCCUCCCUGUGGAAAGCAAUGGACAUCUGUUUUCUUGUUUUCAUAAAUGUUUCUAUGUACAUGAUUUGUUUGUGAGUGUGAAAUUUAAUAUGCCAUUUUGCGCAUGACUCACAUUGUGUCAGCAGCGUGUGCUGUUAAUCAAAUACAAUGUUCUCUUCAGCAUGUUUUUUUUUCCUGUAACAUGCUAAUGCUA